UGGCUGGCUGCGAGCCACCCUCGCAGACGCCUCUCCCCCUCUUCCUAACUUGUGCUCCACUUGGUUCCGCCGAGACCCACGACGGUUCCGCCCCCUUCUUCCUUGUCAUUGAUGUUGUUGUUCUUGUCAGUGCCGCAGCCCCGACCGCCGGGAGUUCGAACCCGAGCCGGGGCAGCCCGGGUGGCGCGGUGGCGGCGGCAGCUGCGACGGCUGCGGGGGCUGCUCCGGGGACUGCGGGGGCGGCCGGGGACUGGCACCCGGCGGCGGGGCCGGAUGGCUCUGUGCGGGCAGGCGGCGGGCGCCGCGUCGCUGCCUAGCGAGCUGAUCGUGCAUAUCUUCUCCUUCCUGUCCGAGCCCGACCGGCUGCGGGCCUCGGCCUCCUGCUCGCACUGGCGCGAGUGCCUGUUCUACCCGGCUCUGUGGCCCCAGCUCCGCAUCUGUCUCCGCGUCUCGCCGGCGGAGCAGCCCCGGCUCGAGUUCCUCAUGCGCAAGUGCGGCUGGUUCGUGCGAGAGUUGCGCGUUGAGUUCGCCGCCGAAAAUUACCUGAGCGGAGGCGGCAGCCCGAGCGACGGAAGCAGCGCGGACGCGGACACAGACGGGGACGCGGGGACCGGUGGGGAAGAGGUCGAGGCCCUGCCACUUUCCCCCCGCUGGCUGGAAGUGCUGCGCACCUACUUGGAGCUGGUGCUGUGCGUGCUGGUCAGCAUCCGGAACAACAGGAACCUCCAGAAAUUUAGCCUUUUUGGGGACAUAAGUAUUCUACAACAGCAAGGAAGUUUGUCAAGCACGUACCUCAGCAGGGCGGACCCUGACGGCAAGAAAAUUAAACAAAUUCAGCAGCUGUUUGAAGAAAUACUGAGUAAUAGUAGGCAACUGAAAUGGCUGUCCUGUGGGUUUAUGCUGGAAAUAGUGACCCCAACAUCCCUGUCAUCUCUCUCCAACUCCGUUGCCAACACCAUGGAGCAUCUAAGUUUACUGGACAACAAUAACCCUGGUAACAGCACUCUCAUCACUGCAGUCGAACUGGAGCGAUUCGUCAAUCUGCGCUCACUUGCUCUGGACUUCUGUGACUUUACAGCUGAGAUGGCAAGAGUCUUAACCGAUAGCGACCAUGUGCCUUUGCAGCGACUGUCUCUCCUGGUCCACAAUGUUUCUGUGAUGCACAAGUCUCUGGACAACAUGCCCAAUGAUGAGCAUUGGAAAGCCCUGUCACGGAAGAGUGCCAGUCUCCGCGUCUACAUAAUGGCAUUUGAUAUCAAAAAUGAAGACAUGUUGAAGGUCCUGAAACCCAGUAUACCACUGGAGAGGAUUCACUUCGACAGCUUCGUCACUUGCGUGUCAGGGGCUAUUGUGGAUCUCAUAUCCAGGCAGUAUGACAAAUUCCUCACCCACUUUAUACUGAUGAAUGAUAUGAUUGACACGUCUGGCUUUCCAGAUCUUAGUGACAACAGAAAUGAAGAUCCUUUGGUUUUAUUAGCAUGGAAGUGCACAAAGCUCUCUCUGCUAGCAAUUCAUGGUUACACGGUGUGGGCACACAACCUCAUCGCCAUUGCUCGUCUUCGUGGCUCUGAUCUGAAAGUGCUUGAAGUCACUGAAGAAAGCAUUGAUUUUGACCAAGGUGAACUGGCUGACCAGGAUGUGGAUCCGGUGCACAACCUGAUUGAGCAGGUAUCCCUCGGCCUGGGUCAGCCUUGGCAUGCAGUCAUGGACAUCGAAUCCCUCAGCGUCUUCACUGAACCAAAUCGUCAUUUUUACAGAGAGAUGCAAGCCUUCAGCGAAGACGUCUAGCUUUUUUUUAGUGUACAAUUCCUGUGGUUACAUAUGCAAGUAGGGCCCCCCUUUUUUUCAGUAGUGUGAAUUAAUCCCUUUGUGCUGUGUUUAAUCAGUAUUAGCUUUAUAGAAUUAUAUAUGUAUAUUCUACUUCUUGAUCAAAGAACGUAGUCGGGUAUUGGUUUAGAAGUUCAAAGUGACAUUGUGUAGGGCUUUCACGGUUAAUAGAUCCUUACCAGACCUUAAGGACAUACAACCGAAGACUGUCUGAGGUUGCUGGCUAACUUUGUUUUUCACCGAGUUACUCUGCCUUUUUGAUAUUUUUAUUCUUUGUGUGUCAGAGUUCAGAGCUCAGGAGCCAAAAUAUUUUUAUACGUAUGUGUAUAUAUAUAUAUAUCCAUAGCCUGGUGGAUUUGUAUGCAAUGCACUGCAUCUAUGUAUUCCAGCAGCAUUUCAUUAAUUUUGAUUUGAAAUGGAAGAGGAAAAGAUACUGUAGUCCCCAAUGGUUAUCUUUAACGGAAAGCCAAUUAACUUUCAUUACCUAUAUAAUAGUUGGUAUCACAAAUUGCCAUGGUGAAUCUCAUACAGUAGUAGGGUAGAACAUCGCUUAAUCCGGUUUUUUAAAAUGCAUUUACAUAAACAUGAAUACUCAAAUCGUUGGAUUUUUUAACUAUAUCUGACAUAAUUUUAUUCAUCAAUUACGUUAUACAUUAAGUUAGCUUUCCAGCCCAGAUCCCAAGUAGUGGAGGAAGAAAGAAGCUAUUCCAGGGUAAAACCUCCUGAACAAAAUCACAGUAGAGUUGUCAACACACAUGCUUAAAAACAUUAGUCGUGAAAUCCCUUGCAAUGAGUCACUGGAUUUUUCUCUGUCAGCACGCGUGUCAGCUGCCAAAGAAUAGACUUAAAUGAAGUGCCCACAUGCUGGCAGGGGCCGGCCCACUCUGGCCAGCCAGAUACUGCUAGAUUGUAAUAUUUAAGGUCGAAUUUCGACCUGUGGUACACAGCUGUGCUGUGGCUCAGUCAGCAACCUCAACUCUGAAAAAACAAAAAAAAAAAGAAAAAAAAAAAAACAUGCACCUGUUUCACUGUGAAUAGUGAAUGUAAAGGAAAGCAAGGAAGAACUGAAAGCUUGUUCUGUCAAAGGUAUGAGCUGCUAUUACACAUGAAGAACAUUCCAGGAAGUAUGUUUUAAAACCUUGUUAUAUCUGAGGGCUUUAAAAGCCAAUUUAACUGUUUCAGGGCAACCGCGGUACAGACGUGGUCUCUGUGAGACUUCCACCUGACCCAGUUUUAAGUGGUACGAAUGUUGUGCAUUUAACGUUAAAGGACAGUCUGCAAUAAUAAAGUAAGUAGCCAACGUGGGUGCCCAGCAGUGCUGAGACCUGGCUGCUCUAUUGUAAGCUUUGGAAACACAAUUUAUGCAACAGAUGUCCAGAUAUGAUUCUAUUUAUGGAAAAAGUUUAUAUGUUUUACAAAUGGUUUUACCAUCUUAUAUUAAAUGACCUUCUGACAGGUGUGCACUGUUUUGUCUCCAGUGAGCACAUACCAUGCGGAUUUUAUAUGUACAUCAGUAGUGUGAAUCCACUGGCACGGUGUGUGGAAAUGCCAGAUGUGGUGAGAUUUUAUCUUGUGUAUGUAAUCAGAUAAAAUAACUCCUGACAGAAACUGUAAGGAAACCAGCCGAAUGUUUGACCUGAUGACUGAUGUUGUACGGUUUAUGUUAAAUGUAUAUUCUUUUAAUCAAUGAAUAAAGCAUUAAAAAGUGA